CUAACAUAAGCAUAUACACGGCCGAACUUGAAGCUAGUCAUUAACACCUCAAUUACCAAAUAAUGUUGACGUCGCGCUUUAACCUUUGGUCACGUACUCAGUUGCUGCGUAAAUGCAGCACCAUAUCAUUGAGUCAACAGAAGCAUGCGAAUAUCGAAAUACAUGAUCCUCUCCAGGCGCACGCCUUAAAGGAGCAAUGUAUCCUAGUGGACGAGCAAGACAAACCCAUCGGUGCUGCUACCAAGGCCGACUGCCAUCGUGUGCACCCUGGAACAGGCGAUGUUAAGCUGCACCGCGCUUUCAGUGUGUUUCUAUUUAACUCCAAAGGCGAGAUGCUCGUACAAAGGCGCUCCGUGCACAAGAUUACAUUCCCAGACACAUAUACAAAUGCUUGUUGUAGCCAUCCAUUAUAUGACAUUGAGCAAGAGAGACAAGAAUCGAAUGCUCUGGGCAUACGUUUGGCGGCACAACGACGCUUGAACUACGAGUUGGGCAUACCCACGAAUCAGAUUGAACCAGAUAAUUUUAACUACUUAACGCGCAUUCACUAUGCAAACACGGGGGACGGCGUCUGGGGCGAGCAUGAGAUUGAUUAUAUACUUUUCCUUCAAAAGGAUGUAACUUUGAAGCCCAAUGCCAACGAGGUUAGUGAGGUGCGCUACCUAAAACGAGAAGAGAUCGACGAGGCGAUAGCCAAGUUCAGUGCCCCAUUGACACCUUGGUUCGCCUUGAUACUGCGUCAUCGGCUUAAACAAUGGUGGGAUAAUUUGCAUAGACUGAAGCAGUUUGAAGACUUGAAAAACAUUCAACGCUUUUAAAAGCAAAAAUAUUGCUACAAUCAAACCAAAAAUAUAUUUGUUGGAACCUCA